UUUCCAAGCCGCACAAGUUGUGUUUAUCUGUGGUCCUUAUGUUUGCCAUCCGGGUGAAUCAACAACGCACAGGUUUUUCCGUUGAGGCUUCCGGAUAAAUUAUUGAUUAUCUGGAUACAGACACCUUAGUUUCGUACAUUGGUUUUUCGUAAAUGCUGAAAUCGGACUCGAAAAAUGGCAAGGUUGAGCGAAAUAUGUCUAUAGAGAUCGCCGGUACGUCAUUCGAAGAAAACUUCGAAGAAUUGAAAAAUCGCCUUCAGCCACUCUUUGAUGCAGAACCACUUAAGGCUCAGACAGAUUCUUGCCUGAGACGUUUUCUGCGGGGAUUUGAUGAUGUAGAUGAAGCAUACACUGCCUUGAUUAAGUACAUAAACUGGAGAGAAGAAUAUGGAGUCAACUGUUUGAGCAGAGGGGAUGAUGAUAUUGAAGAACAAAUUGCUUUGGAUAAGGCUGAAGUGUUAGAAUUUCCAGAUCACAGAGGAAGGCCUAUCAUUCUUGUGACAGUAAGGAAUCAUGAUGCAAGAACCAGAGAUUUAAAUGUCAUCACCAAGUUCAUUAUUUACAUUUUGGAGGAGGCAACAAGAAGAUGUGACGAAGAUGUGAUUGACAACCUUUGCAUCACCUUUGAUUUAAAGGGUUUCGCAUUUAGCAACAUGGACUAUGGAUUUGUAAAGCAGCUCAUUUGGCUUCUGUCCAGACGAUAUCCUGAAAGACUUGGAAAGUGCUUGAUUGUAAAUUCACCAUUUAUUUUCACUGGAUGUUGGGCACUUAUCAGACUGUGGUUACAUGAGGUGACAUCAAACAAGAUUGUUUUUAUCAAGAAUGAAGAACAACUUGCAGAAUUCAUACCUCUUCAUGCUUUACCAAAAUCACUUUUUUGAAAUAGUUUGUUUUAAUUUUUAGUUAGUUUUUUUUUCACUCACUCUUUUGAGGUAACAGCCUGCCUGAGUACCUUCAAGACCUGAUUGCUAGCCAACAAAUUGUUUUUGUGUUUGUUAUAAAUGUCUUAAGAUGCUGAAAGUACAGCUUUUUUAUUUAUGUUUAAGAUAAAUGUUGAUAUUUAAAGAAGUAUUAAUCUCACAUAAAGUUAAUUUUUAGCUAAUGUGAAACUUAGUAAGAAUGGCAUGUAACUUAUUUCAGGAAUUAUUCUAAAAAGUGCAACAAUUUUGAUAGAUUAGUAAACAACAUUCUGUAGUAACACUUCACUAACAAGUUUAGGUAUUCUGAUCUACAAUAUUAUACUAUUUGAUAAUUGAUAUGGAAAUUCAUGUGUAGUAUGCCAAGAUAAAUUAAAAAAAGUUGCUUAAUAAGUUACAAUCCAAAAACAACUACAACGAUCAUUCUUACAAAAUUGCAGUUGUUUUAACUUGUUUAGUUUAUGUUAGCUGAAAUAUUUUAAUUGUCUCAUUUGCCAUGUGAAAGUUGUAAUCAAAAUCAUGAGCUUCUUUCUUCUGCGAAGAACAAAAUGUUGUCAAAUUAGGCAAAAUUCUAGUACAUAUUUGACAGCUCAUAUUUGUAAAUGUAAGAGGUGAUUUAGCACUUCUUUCAAAGUUAAUUUAGAAUUUUCACUUCUUUCAAAGUUGAUUUAGAACUUUUAUUUCUCUCAAAAAUGGAAAUAAUAAUGGGGAAUUGUCGCAAUUAAUGGUAAUAA